UGCGGGAGGCUCCACUUCUGCUUUUUAAACGUGUACGGUUUAGAAAUGCAGAAAGAAAUCAAUUCUAGAAAGAAUCAUAAUUCUUAGUCCUGGGAAGUCUGAAUCAACUCAAAAUACUGAAAAAUGGGGAGCUGUAUACAUUUCUAAUUAUUUUAUAUUUUUUAUAAUUUAAGAAAAACCCAGCCAGCUGAGCCUACAUUCACACCAAUCCAUUUUUGCUCCCCGUUUCAUUGAGCAUAAAGGAUUUAGACCGCUUGGCAGACCAUCCUUUGUUUUAAAUCUGGAAUGAUUUACACGUCCCUCGUCUACAGAAGUCUGACUGCUUUUCAGUCACCCACUGUUCAAGAAUAUUUUUUAUAUUUUUAAGCCUCACUAGCUGUUGCUUCUCCCCAGAAAAGGCAGGAAUUACCACAAUCAGACCUGAAAGUUUCUCCCAGUUUCACUCUGAGUCUUGACAUUAGAUCUGCUACAGAAAAUGUUCUCCUCUCUGCUCAUCUCGCCACUAAACUGUCUUCUGCUUCCUUUUUAUAACUCGUUUUAUGGGAACUUGGUCAGAUGUAAUUUACAGUUAAGCAGCUCUCCCACAUCAGCACUCCUUAAAAACCCGAUCGCUUGUCGCUCCGCUUUGUCUGCUGUCGUUUUCAGCGCGUCUUUGUGCCGUUCCUCCUUUGGGAUCGUAAAUACUAGCCCACUCUGUGAACUCUUGGGCAGCAAAAGAAAAAAGAAAAGUAAAAGAAUAGCAAACAGGUAAUUGUUAAAGAGCAGAGCAGCAGCUAAAGCUUCUGCAGAUGACGUCUGCUCUGGCUUUUUGUGUUAAUCUCCCAUCAACAAUAAUUGCAAGCUAAAUCAUGCAGUGACUCUAAUGUCUACAGAAUCAGCGGUGAAUCAUUUAUGGCUCUUAUAAUAGAGCUGCCUUAAACAUUUCUGUGAAACUCCUCCUAUGGUUUUAGGAGGGAGAGCUUGGUUUCCUUGUGGUUUUGACUUGUUCUUGAUAUUUUUAUCUGCCUGGGUCACGAACGCAAACACGCAUGUUUCCUUUGCGUCCGGAAACUUGUGGUAAUUUGUCAGUGUUUCUGUAAUCUUUGGGACGGCCUGGGAUCGUCGCUUCCCGCUCCUCCUCAGUUCAGUUAGUUUUUCCAGCUGGUUUCUGGAUGUGAACACAGCAUCACCGCCUGAUUAUGCCGACUAAAGUACCUGCAGCCCACCGGUUACAUGGAGACGACUUUGUCCUACAGCUCCAUAGAGGACCUGCAGCUCCUCUCCUGGGACAACGCUCCCAAGUACUGCAUCCAGCUCAGCAUCCCUGGAGGCACCAUCCUGCUGCAGGCUGCCAACAGCUACCUGAGGGACCAGUGGUUUCACUCCCUGCAGUGGAAGAAAAAGAUCUACAAAUACCGUAAAGUCCUGAACAACCCGAGCCGCUGGGACGUGGUGCUGAAGGAGAUCCGAGCGCUGGUGGACAUGGCUCUGACCUCCCCGCUGCAGGACGAAUCCAUCCACCAGGCCCCGCUGCACAUCAUCUCCACCCUGCUGGCAGAGAACUCGAACCUGAGCGCUCAGGAUCACGAGAACAUCAUCGUGGCGAUCGCUCCGCUUUUGGAAAACAACCACCCGCCGCCCGACCUGUGCGAGUUCUUCUGUAAGCAUUGUCGGGAGCGGCCGCGCUCCAUGGUUGUGAUCGAAGUUUUCACGCCUGUGGUCCAGAGAAUCCUCAAACACAACAUGGAUUUCGGGAAGUGCCCUCGGCUUCGUCUCUUCACUCAGGAGUACAUUCUGGCUCUCAACGAGCUGAACGGCGGGAUGGAGGUGGUUAAGAAGUUUAUCCACAGCAUGCACGGUCCGACGGGGCAGUGCCCUCACCCCCGUGUGCUGCCCAACCUGGUGGCCGUCUGCCUGGCGGCCAUCUACUCCUGCUACGAAGAGUUCAUCAACAGCAGAGACAACUCUCCCAGCCUGAAGGAGAUCAGGAAUGGCUGCCAGCAGCAAAACGACCGCAAGCCGCCGAUGCCGCUCCGGCUUCUGCGACCGGAACCGCCGACGCCGCCUCCCUCCACCAUCCUGCCUCUCUCCAGCGCCCCCCAGCCGUCUCCACCCGCCCCCGCUAACCCGGCGGCUCCGUCCAUCCCCAUCUGCUCCCCGACGCCCUGCCUGCCGCUCUCCCCUCCGCCCUCCAUCGUCAACUCCAGCGAGAUCCUGGUGGAGCUGGAGCGGAACAACAACACGGCCAACGCCAAGCGGAAGGGUGGGCCUGCAGGGGGCGACAGCGAGCCAAACCUCAUCGACUGCCUGCUGGUCAGCCCGGCUUUGAACACGCUGUCCAUCCAGCUGCCGGCGCAGGCCGACCGAGUGCUGGGCUGCUUCGCCCUCAUCCUCAAGAUGCUGUCGGACUACGAUGACUGGAGACCGGCUCUGGCCAGUCUGCUGCAGCCCAUCCCGUUCCCGAAAGAGGCUCUGGCUCAUGCCAAAUUCACAAAGGAGCUGAAAUACGUCAUCCAGAGGUUUGCAGAGGAUCCCAGGCAGGAGGUUCAUUCCUGCCUGCUCAGCGUUCGCUCGGGCAAAGAUGGCUGGUUCCAGCUCUACAGCCCAGGGGGCGUGGCCUGUGACGACGACGGCGAGCUGUUUGCUAGUAUGGUCCACAUCUUGAUGGGUUCCUGCUACAAAACCAAGAAGUUCCUUCUCUCCCUGGCUGAGAACAAGUUGGGUCCCUGCAUGCUGCUGGCCCUGCGAGGGAACCAGACCAUGGUCGAGAUUUUGUGUCUGAUGCUGGAGUACAACAUCAUCGAGAACAAAGACACGCAGCUGCAGAUCAUCUCCACCCUGCAGAGCACGCAGGUGGGCUUCCGCAUGUACGAGCAGCUCUGCGACCGCCAGCGGGAGCUCAAGGAGCUGCAAAGAAAAGGAGGUCCUACCCGGCUGACUCUGCCCUCCAAGUCCACGGAUGCAGAUCUGGCCCGCCUGCUGAGUUCAGGCUCCUUCGGGAACUUGGAGAACUUGAGCCUGGCCUUCACCAACGUCACCAGUGCCUGUGCGGAGCAGCUCAUCAAGCUGCCGUCACUCAAACAGCUCAACCUCUGGUCCACUCAGUUCGGGGAUGCAGGACUGAGGUUGUUAUCCGAGCAUCUGGCCUGCCUUCAAGUCCUGAACCUGUGUGAGACGCCGGUCACCGACGCCGGCCUGCUUGCUCUGAGCUCCAUGAAGAGCCUGUGCAGCCUGAACAUGAACAGCACCAAGCUCACAGCCGACACGUACGAAGACCUCAAGGCCAAACUGCCCAACCUGAAGGACGUUGAUGUCCGGUACACAGAGGCCUGGUGAUCCGCCACAGCCUCCUGCCCCAUCCAUGGUCUCACACACUCACACACACACACACCCCACCAUCAACUGCAUCGACCAGAACCUCAGCGCCUCUCCGCCAGCCAGCUAUGGAGGAGAUUUCUUCAGCUUCAACCAUUUCAGGUUGCAGCCGUGAAGGAAAGGUCAACAUUUCUCCGUGGAUGUUUCAUCCCUCUUUUUUUAGGAUCUGUUUUAGUCAGACUGCACAGGGACCGCACCCUUUCAUCCGUCCUUGGCCCUAAAUGGUCUCUGAGUUUUGAGGCUUCCUGUGAUGAACACUGGAGAUGUUCAGGUGUUGUGUCCGAAACCGUUUCCCUUCUAAGAUGAGUUCCUCCCACCAGUUCUGACCUGAUGUCGCGUCAGUAGACUCACGUUGCAUUCAAAUACACCUCGUAUUCUAGAUAAUCUAGAUUGAAAUUAAUUUAAAAUCAGGUAAUCAAACUUUAAUAUUAUGAAAUACCACCAGACUUAAUCAGCACUUUCUAAAUAUUUACCAUGAAUUUGUUUUUAUAAUCAGAAAAAAUGGAGACAGAAAUAAAAUUUAACUACAAAUUUUUAAAAAAAAAGUAUUUUAAACAUUAUCUUCAAAAGGUACUUUUGAAUCUUUAAGUCAUGACUCAAAUUUAUAGAAUAUAUUGGAAAGGGUCAGCUUUGAGUUUUAUAUUUUGUAUCCAGAAGUUUAGAUUAUCAUGUUGAGUUUAAUUUUAUUAGAAUUACCUAAUAAAAUUAUGUAUAACACUGUUGAUAUCUGACCAGAUCUGGAGGGACCCUGGCCCCUGUCAGCCCCCAUCUAGGACCACCCAUGGUCCAGAUGGUCUUCAGCCCCUGAAUAAUUCUGCUUCUGGCUCUUUUGUCCAGGUCACAAAAAUGCAUAAUUUAAAAACUUGUCAUGUAAUUCUGGAUGAAGGUUAUGGGCCAAGCCAUGAAGAAAAGACAUUACGACCUGGAAAGGGCUUUUCUCUAGUUUAUUACACCACCAUGGGAUUCAAGUCCACUCAUAAAACAGAUUAUAAAGAGAUAACACUACAUUUAUUUCACAGAAUUUUUUUUUUUUUAUCUAAGAAUAUAUUAAUAAAUCUGAAACUGUUGUUACACUUUUAGCUUCAGUCGUAUAGAGAUAAAAUCACAGUAGGGCUGGAAGCUUUUUUUUUUACAUCAGUUUCAAUUUUUGACAUUAAUAGAUGUUUGCCUCCCUUUUUUUUUCUUAAAAUAACAGAAAAUAUUUUCUAUCAUGUCUUCUGUGACUUGUGCACACGAGUAUUGGAGCCAGGCUAUAAAAGUGUAUUGUUUAAUUUCGAGAAUAUAGUCAUAAUAUCAGCAGAAUAAAGACACAAUUUUACCACAAUAAGUUAUAAAAUUACACAAAAAAAAAGUUGUUUUAAUGAGAAAAAAAUCUUUUGGUUCUCGAAAUCUAAUGUAACCAGUUCAGCAAGUCUUUCUUUGAACCAGACAGUUCUUUGCACAAUCAUUUCAAAGUUCUGCUACUGAUAAUAAUUUGAUGCCAAUAGCAAAGUAUAACUUCAAAAGACGCUCAUCAUUCCUCAUUUUAAGUUUUCGAAUAGGAGUUAUAAAAUUACUACUUUUUAACAUUAGGACUUUAUUAUGGCUAUUGUAUGAGUUUAUUCUCAUAUUACCUUGCCUUUCUUUUUAUACAACUGUGGUCUUGUAAUAUUAUGACUUUAUUUUUCGUAAAUAAAUAAACAAUCUUACCUGGGCCCCAAGUUAAAAAUCUAAAUAAAUUGAAACUGUAAAACACUUGUCAAAACAAGAUGGGGGCCCUGCCCGUACCAACAUCAAAAUCCAGAUUUUUCCAAGAAUUUAAUCUUCGAAAAACAAAAAAAUCUAUUAAUUAACACAUUUUAUCUAGAACCGCCUUUGGUGUAGAUUUAAUGGUGUUGAAUUUGCAUUUACUGGUGGAGAAACUCAUUUUGCAGCGGAAACUUUGCUCGGCACAAUAGCCGCUAGUCUCCGAACAGAUCCAUGAUGUAGCUCCCUGAACGGACCGACCGAACUCUAUCGGAGUCAGGACCUUUCAAUUUUUCCUAAAAAAAACUAACAAACAAAAAAAAAACUACUCCUAAUAUCCGUCACACGGAAAAAGGAAAACUGAGGUUUUUUUAUGAUCUUGAAUUAACAUAUUUUUCCAGAUUUGGCAGUGGAUGCGUUCGUGUUCCGCUUGUUUUCGGGAGGGAAAAUAUGGCGGCUGCUGUUUCUUUUCCUUUUCUUUUCUUUUUUUUUCGUUUGUAUCCGGAGGGAAGAGGAAAACCACUAAAUUCCGAGUGACGUCAUGUUGAGUCCUCUUGGACUUUUUUUUUGACUCUGGAAACAAACUGUUGUAGGACAAUUUUGCCAAAAAAAGAGAAAAAAACAAAA